AUUCACCGCUCAUAAUUAUAUUGAGACAAUAGAGGCUAAAGUAAUUAAUGAAUAAAUAAUUUAUUAAGUCAUUAUUUAAUUAAUUAACACAUUUUGAGUAAGCUUGUCAGCCACAGAGAAAAUGCCACCACCAGGGAACAAACGAUUAACAAGAGAGCUGGAAAAGCUUAUGAAAAAUCCUCCAGAAGGAAUAGCAUGUUAUCAGAAGGAUGAUAAAAUAAAUCAUUUGAUUGUAACUAUUUUGGGUCCAAAUGGUAGUCCCUAUGAAAACGGAGUUUUUAAACUAGAAGUUGAAGUUGAUGAUACUUAUCCAUAUGAGCCACCGAGGAUGAAGUUUGUUACACCUGUUUACCAUCCAAAUGUUGAUACAGGUGGUAGAAUUUGUAUGGACUUGUUAAAAAUGCCGCCUAAUGGUGGAUGGAAGCCUACAUUCACAUUAGAAAAUCUAUUUGUUGCUGUACAAUCAUUACUGGGCAAUCCAAAUCCGGAUGAUCCAUUGAUGCCAAAUAUCGCAAAUGAAUAUCGUUUUGAUAAAAGUGAAUUUGAGAGAAAAGCUCGUGAACAUGUACAAAAACAUGCAAGGAUUUAAUUAUUACUUUUUUUUAUGUUUUAUAUUUACUAAAUGAAUCAUUUUCUAAAAUUUUUACAAAAUUAUAUACGGCUUUAACUUAAAUUAAAUACUCAUAA